AUGCUGUUGCACCACCCUAUUCAUCAUGUCUUCAUCUUCUUCAUGCUCCUUUUCUCCUUCCCAAAUUAUUCACAAUCUUUAACCACUUAUGAGGAUGAUGAAAGGACUAUUUUACUUAUCCUAAAACAACACUGGGGGUAUCCAUUUUCAGUAUUUGAGCAGUGGAACUCCACUUCCUCCCCAUGUGACUGGCCUGGAAUUUCAUGCAACUUCAAUGGAAGUGUCACACGGAUAUCUCUCUCCGGAAUGAACAUCCCAGGAUCAUUCCCGGCCUCAACUAUUAUAUGCCAGCUCAACAACCUUGUUUCAAUCAAUUUGAGUUCCAAUAAUCUUUGGGGAACUAUACCAGCUAACCUCUCCAGCUGCUCAAAGCUAGAAGAGUUGGAUCUAUCUGGAAAUUAUAUCUUCACAGGAAAACUACCAGGUGAGCUGUUUUCCAUGAAAAAGCUGCGCACUUUAGAUCUGUCCAUGAACUCUUUUAGUGGCUCAAUACCAGAUGAUAUAGGGAAUUUAUACAAUCUUGGCUACUUGGAUUUGUCUAUGAAUUAUUUAAGUGGCCCAAUUCCUAGUACAUUGUUACACUUGCAGCAGCUGUCUCAUCUUUCACUUUCUUCUAACAAAUUGACUGGUAAAAUACCAAGCCAGUUGUUUUCCUUGAAAAAGCUACGUAGUUUAAUGCUCAGCCAAAACAAGUUCUAUGGUGAGAUACCCGCACCCAAGGUGCCUCACAGUUUAGAGUCUCUUGUUAUUUCAAAUAGCCAUUUGAAUGGAUCAAUACCAGAAGAUAUAAGAAAUUUAUAUAAUCUUGGCUACUUAGAUCUGUCCGGGAACUCUUUUACUGGCUCAAUACCAGAUGAUAUAGGGAGUUUAUACAAUCUUGGCCAUUUGGAUCUGUCCCGGAACUCUUUUACUGGCUCAAUACCAGAUGAUAUAAGGAGUUUAUACAAUCUUGGCCACUUGGAUCUGUCCCGGAACUUUUUUACUGGCUCAAUACCAGAUGAUAUAGGGAGUUUAUACAAUCUUGGCCACUUGGAUCUGUCCAAGAAUUCUUUUAGUGGCCCUAUACCUGCUAGAUUGCUCCAGUUGCAUAAACUGUACUAUCUUUCACUGGCUUCUAACAAUUUGAGUGGUGAAAUACCUGUAAAACUGGAUUUAUUUAGUCUGACUCAUAUAUACCUGUCAGAUAAUCAUCUGAGUGGAAGUAUUCCAAGAGGCUUCCGAGAAUUACAGCAAUUGGAGAAUAUUGAUUUAUCACAUAACAAAUUUUCUGGAGACAUAUGUGAAUCUGUUAGCCAAAUGUGGGCUAUACCAGCACUGGAUACCCUUAGGAUUUGCAAGAACCACUUUUCUGGGAGAAUACCUUAUGAGCUAAUGAAGCUAAAACAUAUAGUAUUCAGAUGCUUUGAUGAAGCGAAUUUAUGUUCAUAUGCAAGGGACAAAAGAUUCCCAACAUGCCCUUCCCAACUGUUUUCUGAUUAUUCGGUUCCGCAACACUGCGCUUCCAAUAAAUCAAAGAAAAUCAUAGAAGUCGUCAUUGCAGCGGUACUCAUUAUUGUUGGGUUAGGAAUUCUGAUACUGGUGCUCAGAUAUGCAUGGGGAAGGAGAAGGGAAAAUGAUGGAGAAGAAUGGAGUAUGGAGGGUCAGGAAAAGUAUAUAGAGUGA